AGACGCUCAAGGUACAGAGUUUUUUGUUGAUUUAUUAUUAUCAUUCAGAACAUGGAUGUUGUCCAGAAAGCGCUCCUGUCUUGCACUGAGUCCCUGGUACUUGGCCAUGGGCACGGUUUCCAUAGCGAGGUCUCAGCUGCGGAUCCUCAGGACAUUCUGAUGGCCAGCCUGGGCCACUUGCUCCUGAAAGAUGUGAAGGAUUUGGGAUUAUUUCAAUCACUUAGGAUCUGCUCUUUGCCCGACAAUUUUAUUACAGCAAUAGAUGCUCUCGCAGAAUGUGUACUUUUGGUGAAAUUGGAUCUCAAUGGUAACCAGAUUGUCCAACUACCAGAUGCGUUGUUUUGGGCAAAGCUGGGACAGCUGCAGCUUCUUAAUCUCCAUGACAACCACAUGGAGACAAUACAGAACACCAAGGGUUUGGCUGGCUGCCCAAACCUCACUGGGCUGACCCUCUACGACACCCCAUUCAGUCUGAAGGGGGACUACAGAUGCACUGUGGUCUACAGCAUGUGGUCACUGAGGGCCUUGGACCGCCACGUGAUCUCAGACCAGGAGCUGGCCAGUCUCCACUUCCCCCCAAAGUUCAAAGCCUUCAGCCCAAACCUUUUAGUAAACCUUAGUAGUCCAUCAGCGCCACUGGACCAAUAUCAGGGCGAAAUUAAGUCAACUCACAAAAUCCUUUCGGAGAUUCACAGGAUUCAGGCAACAUAUUGCCCCAUUCUCAUCAUCCAACGUUGGAUUAGAGGUCACUUGACAAGAAAAAGGCUUGGACUAGUCAAAGCAGUACCUCGGCCUAAACAGAGGAAAAGCCCCCAUGCUACAUUGGACUCCGCAGCUGAGCAAACCACUCAGCAUAGCUGGGGCAGUGAUUGUUUGGGCGAAGAGGAAAUGCAGAGGCUCAAUAAUCACAGUGUGAAACCCAGAAGAAUAACUUUGAACUUGAGUAAACUUCUACAAGGCACUCUAGAGGUUUCACAAAUAGAAUUACCAGUGGAGGCCACGAACAAAAAUAAUCCUCUGCCAAACACAACGGAAAACCGAAGAAAUGAACCUUCUGGAAGCCCUGAAACUGUCCGAGGAAGAAAACCUAAAGAGGUUCCCAAGGUGUUGUCGUUUCCUAUGCACUGCUGCAAGGUCGCGUUGCUCAACGUCCACCCUCCCAGAGACGUGCCCCCUGUCCGGCAACGGGAGAGCCAAGUCCCCCACCGCGCUGUUCAGAACGUCCACUCCCAGCGAGAGAACAAAUCCAGAACCUCCAUACAACACGUUGGCUUCUGCACGGGUGUACACAUGGACGCCAGUGAGAAAAGAUGGAUGUUCUGCCCUCAGGGAGUUCUUAACAAGGUUGAGAAAGAUUGUGGAAAACGACUGGAGACCAGAGCUGAGAUCAUGAAGCUAAAGACAGAGCAGGUGACCCGAUCCUUAGAGUGGAGGCAAGGCGCCAAAACCGCACGCCAAAGCUUCAUAGAGAGCAAACGGAUGGAGGCGGUGGGGCAGGGGAGGCGGGAACGGGCUCUGAUGGAGGCCGCCGUUCAGCAGAAGAGGGUCAGCCUGGACAGGGAGGUGGAGGACGCAAGGCUGAGGCACUUCGCCUUCCUUGAGGAGAAGAAGAGAACGGCCUUAGAGCGGGAGAUGGAGAGGGAGUUCAGCUGGCGGCUUGCCUCGGUGUCAAAGAUCAUGGACAAAUACAGCGCCCAGCAGAAAGCACUCGCCCUCAGACAAGCAACGAGCAAGAGCGUAGUCAGGUCCAGGGUGAAACCAGGGUUCCCGAAACCUCAACAGAUACCUGUCCAGGUACUCCCAGAAGAUGCACCAUGAGAACCGUCAGUUUGGCGUGUGUGUGAGUGGUGUGUGAGUGGAUUACCAUGCAGGUCAACAAGAACAAUGAAAGCUAUUACACAAUAAAAUCAUUAUUUUAUUACUUUAAUAAGUUAAUGUAGUUUUUGACACAUUGACUUUUGUUGUCAAGACUCAAAUAUGACCUUAAUCAGGCAUAUUACUAUUUUGAACCACUUGAGUGCUAUUAUCCAAAGCUAGUAAAGGUUCAUUAAAAUGCAGGAUAAUAAGGAGCAGGUAGGGGUAAGGCCUCUAGCUCAGGGAUGCCUACAGGUAGACUGCAGGUCUUGGGUAUCAAACCCAGUACCGGUUCUGUACUGCGAGCGGGGCUCGAGUGGAGGUUCUGCAAUUAACGUUCCUGGAAUUCAACUAGACUGUCCCUCUAUCCUGCAGGGACACAUCUGUGACCACUGCUACCAGCCCAUCAAACGCCUUUUGUUGUAGAUAUUUUUGAGUAGAAAAAUGCCAUGCACUGCUAUGAAUGUAAAGGGAAUUCAAGAAAGAAAAGAUAAUAAGUUAACGUCCAUACACUUUAUUAGAAUGAUGGCAAUUUGCCUUUCCCAUUGAUUGUUCUCGCAAAUAUAAAGAUCUAAGAUUGCACACAGUGAUCACAAUGAUUUACAUGAACACCUAAACACAUUGAUCAGAUAGGUCAAACAUUAGUCGAGGUAGAAAAACAGUUGGUUAAAGAAUACUUUUAGUUCACACCUAUAAACUCGAGUAAAUGUAACGCAAUGCUAAUGUAAUGAGGUUACAUGCCAAUCUGAAAGUCAUGAAUUUUGUUUAUAUUACUCUUCGUACACUAGGCAUAAUUACUGAUAUACUACCAACAUAUUGUGUAACGAUUUGUGGAUUAAUAUUGCACAUCAUGGAAGUUUGGUUCUAAUAAAGAAGCUUUGAGUCCAAAAGGACUCAAAGCUACUGCUUUGAGUACAAAAGCUAUUGCUUCACAACAAUAAGCUUUUGGAGGCAAUAGCACAUUCUGUUCUCGCCUGCAUUUCUACAGCAUUAUAUGGGUAAUUUCAACAAUGAAACAAGCCCUUCAGAUCAUGGACUAAGGCCCCGUCACGCGGAUUCGCCCGGCUCCGUCUGGACGGCCAGCCGAAACGCACAAGACUUAUGCGGUUUCACCAAAAAAUCUGCUCCGUGCGGACAGGGCCUAAAUAGAGUUGGCCUGCUGUGUUAAAACCCAUCAUCGCCCUUUGUAAGAUCUCAAGCUUAGUGCAAGAUUGGAAGGUCAAAAGGUCACAUUCGAUCAUCUAUGUUCCCAAAGUACGGUACGGACACCCGACAUUACCCCCCCCCCCUUCCUUAUAAUGCAGCGUUUCCUACAUGAAAGGAGAGAGAGGGAGCGAGGGAGCGAGGGAG